AUGGAGCGCAUGGGGAAAAUCUUUUUCUAUGAGGACAGGAACUUCAAGGGCCAUUACUAUGAAUGCAGUAGUGACUGUCCUGAGCUCAGCUCACACUUCCAGCGUUGUAACUCCAUCCGAGUGGAGAGCGGGGCCUGGGUCAUCUAUGAGAGACCCCAGUACAUGGGCUACCAGUACAUCCUCAUGAGAGGGGAGUACCCUAACUACCAGAGCUGGAACGGCUUCAGUGACACCAUCCGCUCCUGUCGGCUGAUCACACAUCAAUUUAGCGUGCACAGGAUGCGCAUCUAUGAACGUCCAGACUUCAGCGGCCAGAUGCUCGAGUUCAGCGAAGACCUGCCUAAUCUGAUGGACCGCUGGCCUUACCGUGACGUUCACUCGGCUCACAUCCAGGACGGCGUCUGGGUUUUCUAUGAGCAUCCGAACUACAGGGGACGCCAGUACCUGCUGGAGAAGGGCGAGUACAGACGGCAUGCAGACUGGGGUGCCCUUCAUCCGUCUGUGGGCUCCAUUAGACGUGUUUUGGACACAUAA